GCUACACCGGCGGCGGCUCGUACCCAAAAUCCCUAUAAAAUGCCCAUGGCUCCUUCCCUCCAAAUCCAUUUCCAGUUCCAUUACCACAACAAAACCAGCAUGAAGAAUCUCUGUUUCUCUCACCUCCUCCUCUUCUUCUUCCUCUUUUCCUCCAUCUUCACUCUGCAGUUCUUCGCAGUCGUAUCGACCACUUGCCACGUCGACGACGAGGCUGGUCUUUUGGGCUUUAAAUCCGGCAUCAAUGCGGACCCGUCCGGGAUGCUAAGCUCCUGGAAGCCAGGUACCGACUGCUGCUCCUGGGCGGGUAUUACAUGUUCGGACAACCGGGUCACAAGUCUAUCUCUCUACGGCCAACCCGACAAGCCCAACUCAUUGUUAUCCGGCAAAAUCUCACCCUCCCUCUCCAAACUAAAAUUCGUAUGGGGAAUCUACCUCCAGAAUCUCCGUAACCUUUCAGGUCCUUUUCCAGGCCUCCUCCUCGGAUUACCAGAGCUCAAUUACGUCUACAUUGAAAACAACAAGCUCUCGGGUCAACUACCCGCAUCUAUCGGCAACCUGACCCGACUCAGUGCACUCAGUCUAACCGGUAACAGCUUCACCGGGCGGAUCCCGAGUUCAAUCUCCUACUUGACUGGGCUGACUCAGCUCAAACUCGGCCAAAACCGCCUCCACGGCCCGAUACCUUACGGGAUUCGUCAACUCAAAAACCUAACCUUUUUGUCCCUCGAGCGUAACCGCCUCUUCGGCCCCAUACCCGAUUUUUUCCAGUCAUUCCCGAAUCUCCGAAGCCUCGGACUUUCCCAUAACAAAUUUACCGGGAAAAUUCCGGCCUCCAUUGCCACUCUCGCGCCCAAACUGGCCUACCUCGAACUCGGGCACAACGCUCUGACGGGCCAAAUCCCAGAUUUUCUCGGGAAUUUCAAGGCGCUAGACACGUUGGAUCUCUCAGCCAACGGGUUCUCGGGAGUCGUCCCCGCGAGCUUCAGGAAUCUGACAAAGAUAUUUAACCUCGAUCUUUCUCACAAUCACCUGGUCGACCCUUUCCCGGAGAUGAACGUGAAAGGCAUAGAGUCCCUUGAUCUGUCGUACAACAAUUUUCAUCUUAAGGCAAUCCCAAAGUGGGUAACGUCGUCACCGAUAAUCUACUCUCUGAAGUUAGCCAAGUGUGGCAUCAAAAUGAGGUUGGAGGAUUGGAAGCCUUCGCAGACUUAUUUCUAUGAUUAUAUUGAUUUUUCGGAGAAUGAGAUAUCGGGGAGUGCAAUUAGGUUGCUGAACAGUACCGAUUACCUGGUGGGGUUUUGGGCCUCGGGGAAUCAGCUGAAGUUCAAAUUGGAGGAUUUGAGGAUUGUAAAGACAUUGAAGUACUUGGAUUUGUCGAGGAAUUUGGUGUAUGGGAAAGUGCCUAAGUCGGUUUCCGGGCUUGAGAGAUUGAACGUUAGUCAUAAUCACUUGUGUGGGCAGCUUCCGGUUACGAAGUUCCCGAAGAGUGCGUUUCUGGGAAAUGACUGUUUAUGUAGCUCUCCGCUAGCUCCUUGCAAAGUGUAGCAAAAGGGGAAGAUGUUGGCGGAGACACCAGAAGGCUAGGAAAACCCAAUAAAACUUGCACGUUUGCUGUUCCUUUUCCUUAAAGUUAAUAUGGUCUUGAGUCUUGACAGGCAUCUAGUCUUUGGAAAUGCUUUUGCAGUAAGAAUUGCUAAUUUCUAUUGCCAUUUAUCAA